AUGGCAGAAGGACAAUUGUCUGUACGUAAAACUUCAGUUGUUGAGGACCAACAAGUUGCAGAUCUGGAUGUAUGUGGAAUAUGCAACUCGGCCUACACAACACCGAGACUUCUUGACUGUUGUCAUGUUUUUUGUUCACCUUGUAUAGAAAAACUUAUUGAAAAUGGACAAACAUUACGGUGCCCACUUUGCAGAAGGGAAUUGCCGAUACCCAAAGAAGGCGUUGAUGGACUUUCGUUAUUUCCAUUUAUAGAAUUAUUUAAAAGCGAAAAUAAAAACGUUAAACCGCGAAUUUGUGAUAUGUGCGAUGAAAUGGAUGUCCAUUCAAGGUGUGUAGAUUGUGAUCAGAAUAUGUGUAAACAUUGCCAUGAUAACCAUUUAAGAAACAAAACGUUGAGAAAACAUAAAAUUGAAGAUGAAUUGAAUAAUAGAGUAACCGAGGAACACCGUGAACUGAUAUUGGCUGAGGGUAAAUGUGAUGUACAUUCAAAGGGAUAUUCUUUAUACUGCAAGUCGUGCAAUUUGUCUAUUUGUGAAGAAUGUAAAACAUCCGACCAUGCCUGUCACAAAACAGACAAAUUGGAUAUGGCUAUUAAAGCCAUGAAGUCAUUAUUGAACACUACGUUGGGAAGUCUAAAUUCAAAGAUACCCUUUCUUGACAACGUUAUAUACAAUGCAAAGGCAGAGGAGCAUAAAUAUGGGAAAGAUAUUCAACAAACGAAGGGUGAACUUGAGAGUAUAGCUUCGAACUUAAAAGAACUCAUGUGUAAAUCCGUUGAUAUGGUCAUGGCGGAAAACGUAGAAAUCUUACAGUCGUUUUCAUAUGCCGAUAAUAAAACAUUUGAGACGUACAUUGAACAGGCUAAAAGAAAUCGGCUCUCUAUAAUCAGAUUAAUCAAAAGUAUUGAAGCUACUAUUACAUUUGGUCAAACGGCUGAAGUAGUUAGAUUAUGUAGUGUUUUGUGCACAAAAACAAGUAUGUACAACGAAAACUUUUCUAACUCUGAGUUGAAAUUAAAUAUACCCAUGUUCAAACCAGGAACAUUAUCUUAUCAUGACAUGCAGGAUUAUUUUGGCGUAAUCAAACGAGAUGAUUACUCUAAAAUUUUGUUGAAACCCCAAUUUCCAUCCUUGCAAAUUCAAAGCUUUCCUAAUUUUAGACAUUUCAGAAAGGAAUCAAUUUUCCAAACAACCAGUGGUAUAACAAGUACUAGUAUAAUGGCGACAGGUGAUUCUCACGUGUGUAUCACGUGUUUCGCACCGAGUAAUGGUACAAUCACAGUAUUUGAUAUGAAUGGACAAGCAAAGCAAACAAUUUUAAAUAAAGUACAAAAUAGGUUAGCAAUCAUCGGUGUAAACGUUGGAAAAUGUUUUAUGUGGAAAGAUAAUAAAAUUGAUAUAAUUCAAUUCCAACGUGAAGGAAAUUUUGAGACACAGAUAGAUCCAUGGGACAAUACGUUACCAUCUAUUUCCUUGCAUGAUUGCGCAUGGAUUAUGAACAAUGGAAAUAUGUUGGUGCUGGGGUAUUAUAGCACAUUCUAUGAACUUGAAGGAACUGGGAAGACACUUAGAACUUUUACUAGUAACGCAAUAUCGCAACGAAAUGCUACGAGUCAGGCAAAAUGUAUCUUAUAUACCAAGACAAACAUAAUUUUAGUAGCAUAUGAUGAUGAAAUCUUCGCAAUAACCUUGUCUGGUGACCUUCUACAUACAUAUAAACAGAACGGUUCAAAAUUUACUUCAAUGUGCACGGACCAACAUGGAAAUAUAUUUGUGACAGACUCGAGCAAACAUUGCGUAUGCUUACUAAACUCCGAUGGCUAUUUUAUACGUAAUGUAUUGUCACCCGAAGACGGCAUUAACAACCCAGUAUCUAUAACGAUUGAUGGGAGAGGAAAUCUGUGGAUUCUGAUGAAUGCGAAUACAAUCAUUGUGUUUUCGUAUUUGUAG